AUGGGUAAAACCGAGGAUGAUGGCAACCUCCGCGCCGGCGACGAACCUGUCGGCGAUUUGACGGAGAGGAAUGCUAAGUGUGGCUGUUGCGAAUGGAUCUCGGGUUUCUUCGGGUGCAAAUGUUUCUUCGUGCUGCUUCUCACCGUCUCCUUGUUUCUUUCGGCUUUGUUUUUGCUGCUUCCGUUUCCAAUGGAUCGAGAGGAUUCGAAUCUCGAUCCCAGAUUUAGAGGUCAUGCUAUAGUAGCCAGUUUUAGCGUCAAUAGACCGGCUUCAUUUCUUAAUGAAAAUAUCUUGCAGCUUAAGAGUGACAUCUUUCAAGAGAUGAGCUACAUUUCCAUCGAUGUAAAUAUCCUGGCUAUUGAACCGUCAGAUGGACUAAACAUGACAAAGGUUGUGUUUGGAAUUGACCAUGAUACUGCAUACCGAGAGAUAUUGCCUCUGUCCUUGAGUACUAUCAAAGAGAUGUUCGAAUCAGUGCUCAUAAAUCAAUCCACUCUCCAGCUUACGAAACCUCUGUUUGGGGAAACCUUCCUCUUCGAAGUGCUUAAGUUUCCAGGAGGAAUCACUGUGAUUCCACCGCAAAGUGCUUUCCCUCUGCAGAAAUUCAAGAUUGUUUUCAACUUUACCCUAAACUACUCUAUACAGCAGAUACAGAUAAACUUCAAUACCCUUGCCAGUCAACUUAAAAAUGGCCUCAAUCUUGCUCCAUACGAGAAUUUGUAUGUAAGUUUAUCAAACUCAGAGGGGUCUACAGUGUCUCCUCCCACAACUGUCCACUCAUCGGUUGUGCUAAGAGUUGGGGCUUCAGAUUCAGGUCCAAGGUUGAAACAACUGACUGAUACCAUCACAGGUUCACGCUCGAAAAAUCUCGGACUGAACAACACUAUAUUUGGUAAGGUCAAGCAAGUUCGUCUCUCCUCUUUUUUGCCAAACAGCACUGAUAAUAGCACCAAGCCUCCAUCACCCUCACCUCCUCCCCAUUCCAACCACCACCACCACCAUCAUCACCAUCACCACCACCACCACCACCACAACCAUCAUCAUCACCACCACCAUCACCAACAUCAUCUUAGCCCGAGUAUGGCUCCCAAGAUUUCACCUGUAGCCUCUCCUGUUCCUCAGAGAAGCCAUAGACGAGCUCCAGCGGCACCUCCACCCUGCAAGUCAGGGAACAGAAGAGGACAAAGAGUAGACUUCAAGGAUAAACACGUGCAUUUCUCAUCUACGCCUUCUCCCGCUCCUUCUCCUUCCCCUGCAUCACAUCGUUCUCCUCGCUAUUCUCCACGGCCACCACAUCAUCAGCUGCACUCACCAGCCCCAAAACCUGGAUCCAAGUCUCGUAUAGUUCCAGUCUCUGCUCCUCUUCCACAUGUAGUUUUUGCCCAUGCAGCUCCACCUCCCAAAACAAAACCAAGUGAACCGCCGCAUGAAAACGAAGUUGCUUAUCCUCAACAGCAGUCCUCUUCAUCUGAUUUGGUUUUGCCAGCUACGACAUGGAUUGUCUUACUCAUGCUGAUAGUGGCCGGGCUUCAUCAAUAA